UUCUUUUCCUGCAAACUAUCGAGCCAUGCCAAGCAGGUUAAGGAGGCUCAGUUGUCCUGCUAGAGACUGAUCGAUCAAGAUAACAAUAAAUUAAUUUCAGACUAGCGAACUGUUCAUAUUGCGUGCACAGGAAUUUGCGAAAUCUUUUCAUUUGCUGAAAAAUCGAUGGCUUGGAAGCGACACCUUGCAGCAUCUUGGAAGGAACAAAAACCAUGGACCGAAACGCACUCUUACCAGACGUGCGGGACACUAACAUCUCGCUUGGGCUCGUACAAAACCGAGCUCCAACUCACGAUGCACCGAGAAACCGGUGGCAGCACACAUGCCGGUCGGCGAGAAGACGGCCGAGGCAACGGCCAAGGACGGCGGCAGCCAGCCGAAGCCACCGUCCCGCGGUAGCGCCCGCUUCGAGCGCCUCCUUUCCGGGCUGGGCGCUGGUCCGCUCGUGGACGUCGAGCCCGACAAGGUCAAGGACGACAUCCGGCGAUGGGCUAAGAAGGUGGCGGCGCUGGUGCGCCAGCUCAGCUUCGGCGCCUGGCCGGAGAAGAGCGACGGCUCGUCGGAGCACCGCGGCGCAGGCGAUGAUGGAUCCGCCGCCAACUGAGCAUCUAGAGCCUUGACUGCAGAUUAACUUUCGCAGGCAGUAAAGCCAGUAAUCACAACUCCGAUGAUAUGGCGGCAGCGCCGGGAUAAAGCAAGAGCAAAAUUCAUUUAUCUCCAUUCGUUCAUUCGUUUCGAAGAGCGAUUUAUAGGCUGAUAAUGCAUGUGUACUACAGUAGAUCUUACCUCAGUUCGGUCAAAAGCAAUAAAAUUUAGCAAAGGUCAUGGAUGUAAUGAUUGUAAUAAAGAGCAAUGCAGAUUCUCCUCCA